UUCAAAAUCAUCAAAAUACCAAAGAACCAAUUCAUCAUAAAAAAAACUACAAAAGAGGGGAAAAAAAUAAAUCAGAAUGAGUUCAAGCAGGAGAGCCUGGAUUGUAGCAGCCAGUGUUGGAGCAGUGGAAGCUUUAAAAGAUCAAGUUGGAUUGUGCAGAUGGGAUUAUCCAUUGAAGUGUUUGGCACAACACACAAAGAAUAACAUGAGAUCUUACUCUCAAGCUAAAAAACUUUCAUCUUCACUAAUUGCAAAGAGUGAAAAUGCAGAGCAAUCUGAAGAGUCUUUGAGGAAAGUUAUGUACUUGAGCUGUUGGGGUCCAAAUUAACUAAUCUUUGUUAGAUAGAAACUUCUAUGUCAUUUUUGCAGACAUGAAGAUUUUCUAGAGCAUAGAAAGAACUGAAAGGGAAAAAAAGUUGUAUGAUAUUUUAGUACUGUUGAUAUUUUGAUGAAAUGAUAACAUGACAUGACAGAUAGAUUAGUAUUUCUAUGAUCAUUUUGACA